UGCCCGGGGUCUGAGGUGCCCGAGUGCCAGGCUGCCGGCCGCUGCCUCGGGGGUGCAGAUGAAUCCACAACCUGGCAAGCAGAAACCAAAGAGAGUGACCUUUGAGCCGUCAUCGUUGUACCAUGUCUUUUCGAAGCCAAACUUAGCGGUAUUGCGCCAAUCAGAAAAAGAAGCCUACUGGUUCAUUAUGAAAUUUCUAGAAGAAGAAUAUAUGACUGAGGCCACCAAGCUGCAGUUCCUGAGGGCUGUGGACACCCUGAGUGUCGCCGUGCACGCCCAGGCAGACGGCGACAUGAGCGAGUACUGCUCCAAAACCGUCCUGGCCAAGAAAAUCGAGAAAUUCAUCCUCCAGGAACCCACCGAGGCUUUGACGAGCAGCGUGCGUCAGCAGGCCAUGCUCUGCAUCGUGGCCCUGAGCCAGGUGGAACCCCAGUUCUACUUAUCGGAGAAGCUGGACCUGGUGAACACCUGCAUCUUCAGCACGUUCUCGCUGCCGCCCAUCUUGCCCAGGCUGGACCAGAAGGAGAGCGCCAGUCUCUACCUCCAGACGGUGCAGGCCUUAGAUGACUUGUUACAAGUUCUUGUGAUGGACGACAUGAGCCCCAGCAUGCUCAUCCUGCAGAACUUCCUGGAGAUCAUCCUGCCUUGGCUGCUGCUGUCGGACAAAGUGCACGAACAGACCCGGGCCCUGGGCACUAUCUCCCGGCUGCUGAGAUGUAUCUGCAACUUCCCCAGACUGCUGCACAUGGCGGAAUUCUCGAUGAGCGGGAGGCUGAUGGGUAUCUUUGGCCUCUUCUGCAUGAACUCCAACCACGAGAUCAGCGUGGGGGCGUCGGAGGCUCUGCAUUACUUGUUCAAAGUCCUCGUGCUCCAGAGAAGCACCAAACAGAAGACGGAGGCCGUCCUCAAGGAGCUGCAGAAGCAUUUCCGUGGGGAAUGGUUCGCUAGCAUGCAGGACGUCACGCUGUUCUUCAAGAAGUACCUGACCCCCAACGAGCGAGCAGACCUGAUCAUGGUGGCCAUGGAGGCCAUGAGCAGCGCCGGCAGUCACGACAUCAGCGCGGCUUCCAAGAUGUUGAAGAUGGUCCUCAAGUACACCAUUCCGGAGAUUGGGAAGGUGCCGGAAAUCAUCCAGUACAUUCACUGCCACAUAAACAGCAUCACCGAGCCCACGGCCCAGAUGACCGUUAAGAAGAUCCUGUACCUGCUGGCCCAGUCCUACACAGACGAAGUCAUCCUGACGCUGUUCAAGAUAGAAGAUCAGUCCCAAAAAGGGGUCCACAACCCCUGGGAGAUCCUGGCAUCCUUCCCUAAAGGCUACGAAAUGAUCAUGGAGUACCUGCUGCAGAGGCUGACUCCGUACCAGCAAGUGCAGGCCCACGAUCCCGGCCGCAGACCCACCAUCUCCCCGCUGAUCGCCACCAGGGCCAUCUACGAGCUCCUGCAGGAACCGAGCCGCCGGAUCGAGGUGCAGACCUUCUUCUCCUCGCUGUUCUUGGCCCUGCUGUUCCAGGUCUCCUUCCUUGUGAUGGGAGGGGCUGCCGAAACCCUGCAGGAACUGCAUCACGUGGCCGAGUGGGCGGACCCUAUAAGUUCCACCGUGGAAGCCCUGAAGACCCUGGUACGCAGCUCCGGGUACGAGAACCUCGUGUCUUCCAUCGAGGAGCUUGGGGGCUGGGGGCUGCUCACCAGUCCCGAGAGGCACUACGAUGGCGUCGCUGUGGUGGCCAGGUCCCUGGUGGACAACGACUGCUGGCACAACCGCCCCAUCUUCGGCCUCAUCGUCAGGAUCCUGCAGGACCCCGACUGCAGGAAUCACAUGACUGCCCUCGUGCUGCUGACGGAGCUGCUCCAGUGCCCAGACGUGGCGGCCGAGGUCGACGACGUCUCCACCCGCAUCCUGGCCGGCUGGUUCGGGACCGAGGAGCUAGCCACGGUGAAGCUGCUGCUGCAGCUCACGGAGACCUACGCGAAGAGUGAACACAUGGUGAGGCACCUCCGCGUGCUCCAGCCCCACGUGCUCAACUGCUGCUACUCCUCGAACAGCGACAUCGUGCUGGAGACCCUGCUGAUGCUGAGGGGCCUCCUGGACCACCUCACCUGGAAUCACUCCUCUUCCUUCCUGCUGCAGCUCACCUUCACGCUGGUGCCCUUCUUCGAGGAGGAGUCAGAGCACCUGCGCCUGAUAGCCUUUGAGAUCUAUGGACGCCUCUUGGCCAAGGUCAACAAGAGGGCCCUCGUCUUCCCCCUGAGGCACCAGGUGCUCAACCUGAUCAUCGUGCUUGUGCUGCACCUGCAGGACGAGAGCGUCCACGUGGCUCUGAUCUGCCGGAGGGCCCUGCUGCAGAUAGCCGCCCUGCUGGGCUGGUCCAAGCUCAGAGUCGUGUUCGCGGAGAAAGACGUGUGGAGCAUCCUCGGAGCCCUGCUGGAGCAGGAGGCGAGCAAAGCCCUCUGGUUCCUGAGGCAGACUGUGGCUCUCUUCAAGAACCCGCAGACCCCCAUCCGCCAGGCCGCCGUGUGGUUUGCAGGCCAGAUCAUCCAAACCCUAAACAUGGAAGAGAUGGAGGAAAUCGAGGAUGCGUAUGCAGCCCUCAGGUACAUGCAGAGAGACCCCGACCCCAUGGUCAGCUGCCUCACCACCCAGACCUUCUACGUCCUGGAAGCCAAGAAGAAGGUGCUGCGGGCCACCCCUCCCACCUCCUGCCUCUGCAGCAGGAAGUCCUCAAGGAGCCGCUUCUGAGCCUGCAUCCUUGGGUCCCGGGUGUAGACCUGGCCUGAGACUGGGGCGGCAGGGCCUGAGCCCUGUGCUAGAAGCGGAGGAAUGCAGGCGUGCUCCGGCAGAGCC